AUGAAUACAGUGCAAAGAAACAAGACUGAAAUCACUGAGUUUAUCCUUCUUGGAUUUGGAGACCUCCAUCAUUUGCAGAUAUUCCUGUUCCUGCUGUUUUUGGUGAUCUACAUUUUGACCAUGGCGACCAAUUUCCUCACCAUCCUUUUGAUAUUGAGUGAUGAACACUUGCACACACCCAUGUACUUCUUCCUGGGGAAUUUGUCCUGCCUGGAAAUGAUGUACAGUUCAACUAUCCUACCUAGGAUGUUAGCUGCUCUCAUGACAGGGGACAAAUCCAUCUCUGUGAAAGGGUGCAUCACACAGUUUUAUUUUGGCUCUUUCCUGGUUUGUACAGAAUGUUAUCUCCUUUCCGUAAUGUCUUAUGAUAGGUUCUUAGCCAUAUGCAAGCCCCUACAUUAUGCGACUCUUAUGAAUGCUAAGGUCUGUAUGCAGUUAGCAGGGGGCUCCUGGAUCAAUAGCAUUGCAGUCAUCUCUGUAUACCUGGCCUUGAUGUUACAGCUGCGGUACUGUGGGCACAAUGAAAUAGAUCAUUUUUUUUGUGAAGCUCUGCCAUUAGUAAAACUCUCGUGCAGUGACACAUUUCUGGUGAAGCUGGUCACGUUCGCGGUGGCUUUUGUAAUUACUUUCCCUCCUUUUAUAUCAACCUUGGUCUCUUAUAUAUACAUUAUUGCUGCCAUCCUGAGAAUCCCAUCCACCACUGGGAGGCAAAAGGCUUUUUCCACCUGCUCUUCUCAUCUGAUUGUCGUCUCUGUUUUCUAUGGGGCCAUAAUUAUCGUAUACCUGAUACCAAAAACAGAAUCAGUGAGAGAUUUCAAUAAAAUCUUUUCUCUGUUGUACACAGUUCUGCCCCCCUUACUCAACCCCCUCAUCUAUAGCCUGAGAAACAAGGAUGUCAAAGAUGCUAUGAGGAAGGCUGCUGGGAAGGUUUUGGAAGGUCAAUUUGUGAACCAGAGAUCAAAAUCCUGA